AUGAUGAGUCUUUACCACACCCACAUGCUCCCCCUAAACCAAUGUGGCUCAUGCCUAGUCCAGACCAUCAGCGCACCACUCCCUAUAGUCUGGUCUAUGCUCUAUAGGUUCGACAACCCACGAGCCUACAAGCAAUUUAUCAAGAGCUGCACCAUGCAUUCCGGCGAUGACGGCGUCGGGAGCAUUCAUGAGGUGAUGGUGGUGUCAGGAUUGCCCACCGAGACAAUCACCAAGAGGCUCGAUGAGCUCGACGAUGAUCGACAUAACAUGGUGUUUAGUAUUAUUGGAGGUGAUCAUAGGCUUGUGAAUUAUCAAUCAACCACCACUUUGCAUGAAGAUGAGAGAGAGGGUGGUGGCGGCGGAGGUAGGAAGACCGUAGUGAUUGAGUCUUUCAUGGUGGAUAUUUCGGCGGGCAGUAGUAAAGAGGAUACUUGUUUGUUUGUUGAUAUUAUUAUUGGGUGUAAUCUUAAGUCUUUGGCUAGUAUUAGUGAGAAGUUGGCUUCUAUGUCUUAA